UCAAGUUUUACCAAAACUGUGGUUCCCUCCGAUAGUUAUGCACACCAUUACAAGUCCACGUUUGCGCGUCCGAUCACGGAGCGGUGCUAUUUUUUGCGACGGGGGGAAAAAUAGCCUAGCUUUCAUCAGCCUUAGAUUGAGUCACCAACCAGCAAACUUCAUACGAUUCUUUUUUCCCCCUUUGUCCCAACUUUUCCAUGACGAAUUCUCCUUGGCAUUUUUUUUCGAUCUUUUUAGUUUGUUCUAAUUCUGGAACGCAUGCCACACUCUGUUUUGAAUGAAUCAAAAACUAGAAUUCGGAAUGCCGCCAACCAACCACGUCCUACUCAUCCUGAUGCCCUGGGAUCCAGACUCGGCUUGGCUAGCAAGUCUGGCCAACGCCAGCCCAGGCAUCGAGGUGCAUAGCUUCAAGAUUAGUUAUCGAGACGAGAAGAUACCGGAGGAGGUGCCCGCUGAUUUGUGGGCAAGGACGACAGUCCUCUUCACGUGGAGAUCGUUUCCAACAUUAGAGAUGGUCCCUAAUUUACAGGUGGUCCAAAUUUUGAGCGCCGGGUCUGAUCAUCUACAACGCGUUCAAUUGUUCAAGGAACAGACUGAUAUCAAGUUCUGCACCGCCAAUGGAGUCCAUCCACCCCAGAUGACCGAGUGGGUGUUUGCAACAUUUUUAGCCUCUCAGCAUCAGAUCCCUCAGUAUCUCGAGUACCAAAAAGCUCGCCACUGGGAGCUUUCCCAAACCGACGAGGAUGUCGAGGAUGCCGUGGGCUUGCGCGUCGGAAUCCUCGGUUACGGAUGCAUCGGCCGCCAGUGCGCACGUGUCGCUCGCUCGCUGGGCAUGGAUGUGUAUGCGUACACCUUCCACGAGAGAUCGACCCCUGAGUCGCGCCGUGAUGAAUCCUUCACCGAGUCUGGACUGGGGGACCCUGAGGGAAUCUUCCCAUCCAGGUGGUUUCACGGGGAUGAGCAGCUGAGCGAGUUCCUAGGUUCGGGGCUGGACCUGCUCAUCAUUACUCUGCCACUGACCGAAAAGACCAGGAAGAUGAUCUCGACGGACCAGUUUAAGCUUCUCGGAAAGAAAAAGGCCUACUUGAGCAACGUCGGGAGGGGUGCGAUUGUUGAUACUGAAGCACUCAUGGAGGCGCUCGACCAGGGAUUGAUCAGAGGCGCUGCCCUGGAUGUGACGGACCCUGAGCCUUUGCCUAGCGAUCACAAACUCUGGGACUAUAAAAACGUCAUCAUCACGCCUCAUGUGAGUGGGAAUUCGUACAGGUACAACGAGAGGGUAUGCAAGAUCCUCCGGUACAACCUUGAGCGGAUGUCCGAGGGGAAGGAUCUCGUCAACGUGGUGAACAAGAAGCUUGGCUACUGAAACAAAACCUCGGAAUGGAUUGAAGAAGGAUGUUCUUAUCAAACAGCCACUUUUAGUAGCUAGUAAUCAGGUUUGACUCCCACCCAGUAUCAAUGAAGAUGGAA